CUGAAUAUUUAUCAAAUGCGUUGUAGCUGUUUAUGGCGAUCUAUGGGCCGCAAGAAGGUCGAUUAUCGAAUUGCUGGGAGAUCUGAGAGUUUCAAGUAUUUGUAAAUUUUAGACGCAAAGGAGGAUUGAAUUGAUGAGUGCUUUUGGUGAGGAAUAUGAUUCGUAAACAGCAUCCUGCACGAAUGACAGUUCAUAAUCGAAAUUUACGAAGUAUUGAUUCCACUGAUGUUGGUGGUGGUGGUGGAUGUGGUGACAAAUGCGAGAAUCCGCGACGUGGUCGGCAAAAAAGUGGCUCAAAAAGGAGUAGUGUUGGAGCAAGAAUGUCUAAAGGAUCAAUUACUGAGUCUUCAGAUUUACGAACGAAGAAUUCUACAUCAUUUGGCCCACCCAUACCUGACGAUAUUUUAGAUGAUCUUUGCUUCCGAUUCCUUAUCAAUAUUCCAGACGAUCAGAAAAAUGCUCCUGUACGGCUCUGCUUUCAAAUCGAGUUGGCACAUUGGUUUUAUAUAGAUUUUUACUGCAAAGGGAAUAAUGCAAAUGUAAAGUGUCCUGAAGUGAGCUUGAGAGAUUUGGUCGGGCAAAUAUUCAACCAUUGUGAUUUCCUUAUCCAAUACACGGAUAGCGUCGAUAAGGUGAUGGCAGAAUGGCGUAUUUAUAAGUCUGGCGUGCCAACAUAUGGUGCUGCGCUCUUGGAUAACUCUUUGAAUUACGUGCUAUUGGUUCAAGGAUAUUUUGCAAAGAACAGUUGGGGAUUUCCGAAGGGGAAAGUAAACGAAGAUGAGGAAGCAAUGGCUUGUGCUAGUCGAGAGGUAAUGGAGGAAGUGGGUUUCGAUAUUUCCGACAAAAUUUGCAAAACACGUCUAAUUCAGUGUUUUGUGAACGAUACCUUAAUACGAUUGUAUAUAAUACGCGAUGUUCCCAUUGAUUUCCCAUUUGCUCCUAAUACUCGAAACGAGAUAGGUAAGAUUCAAUGGUUUUGUAUUUGGGAUUUGCCGAAGGAUCGGAACGAUUUCAUUGCAUGUGAGCGAAUUGGUAUGUCUCCAAGUAAUUUCUACACUGUGAUUCCAUUCGUCAAAGAGCUGCAGUCAUAUGUUUCGAAGCAUCAUAAUACGCACAACAAACCUAGGCAUAAGCCAAUGGAUGCGAUAAAUAUUAGCACACGCUCAUCAAGCGCAUUCAGUCCGGUGCAGCCUCAACAGAAGAAUGAGAUGCUAGCACCAGCACUGAGUCCUUUAUUCAACAUGAAAACUCCAACACACAUGAAUCGUUCAAUGGUUUCUCGGCAUUCUUCCCAGCAUGCAUCACCAAACUCAGCAUUUUUCAAGCCGUUGACAUCAUCUGCGCAGCAUAUUUCAUAUACUGGUACUGCCUUUGUGCAGAUGUUAUCCCGCGCUUCCUGCACGAGCAUCGAAGUAACAAAUUAUGCGAAAUCUCCAGAAAGAGUGAAGAUGAAAGAAGUAACGAGACCAGUACCGACAGUUCCAAAAGCAGCUAUGCCAAUACUUGGUCGCCCAGUAUAUGAUGCAUUCAGAGAUGAGGCGGAAAAGAAGGUGGUUACAUCUUUACAAGAAUCAUCAGAUAAAACAUUCUUGAGUGAUAUUCUUUGUCAUGGAAUCACGGAGACAAACGAAGUAAUCAAUUACCCAACUGAUAACAGCGAAAAGAAAAGUGUGGGAUAUGACAGUUGCUGCAACCUGCCGGUAAAGAACAAUAUCUCACCACUGCCUCUUAAUCCAGGGGAAGAUUUAAUGAAAAAUUAUUUAAAAGGAGUUGGUGGGUGCUUGAAAAACUCGAGAGUUUUAAUGACGAGUCGUGUGACUGAAGAUAGGCCACUCAUUAAUUUGUGCAAGGCCUGGAAAGACUUCAAGUUCGAUGUCUCGCGGUUAUUUUGAAAAUGAUGGUUAUAGGAAGCAUAUAUUUCAGAAACACGUACAAAAUAUAUUUUCCAGCAUGAAAAAUUUUGUAAACAUCGUUAUCUGAUAUACUGUCCACCAAGUUUAUCGGAUCUCACAUGAACUAUGUAGACAAUUAGAAUGAAUGAUUUUAUUUUGACAUGACAAAUCUAAAAAAAGUGAAAGGUAC